AUGUAUUGUAUUUAAGUAAUCGAUGAAUGUGAAACAGAAGUCCUCAUAAAAAUAAAAACUGAAUUGUUUAAUAAGCUUGUAGAAACGAUUUAAUCUCAAAAGGCUGCUAAUGAUACAAUUAUAUCUCAUGAUUUUUCAAGAAAAAUAUCACCAUUCUUUAUGAAUCAAUUCCUUAAGUGGUCUAAGGAUAAAAAUGAUGAUAAUCUAAUCAUUGUGACUCAUACUUUAUAGAAAUUGAAAGAUUCCAAAAGCUCAAAACAGAAGAGGUUUGAGUUAGGAGAUCUUAAAUUAAUUUUUCAUUAAAGACUAUCAAAAAAUAAAAACUAUUAGUUAAUUCGAAAAGCAUGGGAAGAUUUUCUAAAUUCUAAAGAAAUUAUCAAUUACAUUUAAAAUAACAAAAAAAUCAAAAACUAAACAAAAUAAUAUUUAGAUGCAAUUAAUUUGUUAAAAAAUGAGCUUAAAAAACCAUUGCCAUAUUCUAACCUAUUAUCAAAAUAUAAUAAAAAUAAUGUUAUAGAAAAAAAAACAACAUUUGAAGAACAAAUAUACGAAGAAGAUUUUAUUUAGGAAGAUGAUUAAUAUUCUACUUUUAAUUACUUAUCCUGA